AUGACUUUCUACACUGAGGACAUCGAGGAAGAUAUAGAAGAUCACAAUGAUCCUUUGGUACUCACGUUACCAGUGACAGGAUGCAAUAUCAAGAAGAUCCUCAUCGAUGGAGGGAGUUCGGUUAAUGUUCUGUUCUACGACACGUUCAAAGGAAUGGGUCUCAAUGACGAACAACUGAUGUCUUCGUAUUAUACCAUCUACGAGUUCAACGGGGCACCUACAAAGCCCUUAGGAGACAUCGUGUUGCAAGUAGACGCAGAACCAGUGAAGGUUGACACUCGAUUCAGUGUAGUAGACGCUCCCUCCCCCUACAACUCCAUCAUUGGUCGAAGAUGGGUACACAAGCUCAAAGGAGUGGCAUGA